CGCGGGGGGCGCCGGGAGCGCGCGCGCGGAACGCUGGGUCUCGCGAGACUUGGAGCUAUAUAAGGCGACGCGGGGGUGGGCCGCCCCUUUCCGCGCCCCGGAGCCGCCAUGGACACGAGCCGCGUGCAGCCCAUCAAGCUGGCCAGGGUCACCAAGGUGCUGGGCCGGACCGGCUCCCAGGGGCAGUGCACUCAGGUGCGUGUGGAGUUCAUGGACGACACGAGCCGCUCCAUCAUCCGCAACGUGAAGGGGCCGGUGCGCGAGGGCGACGUUCUCACCCUGCUGGAGUCGGAGCGCGAGGCCCGGCGGCUGCGCUGAGCUGGACGCGGCCCCGCGGCUGCCGGAUCGUCCGUCGGGGGAUGGAGCCUGGCGCGGCUCGUUCGGCCGUGGGGCGCGGGUGGGGAGGAGCGUGGCGGCUGGGUCACUGCAAUAAAGGGUUUUUCCAGUA